CAGCUUUGGAGAGAUUGGGGCUGGGGUGGGGACCCUCCACAGAGGGAUGGCACACACGGAGGCCAAUCAGGCUCUCCCACCUGUCACCCUGGCCCUUCUUUGUUUGGACGGCGUCUUCCUCUCCUCCGCCGAGAAUGACUUUGUGCACCGCAUCCAGGAGGAGCUGGACCGCUUCUUGCUGCAGAAGCAGCUGUCAAAGGUACUUCUUUUCCCCCCGCUCUCCAGUCGCCUCCGGUACCUGAUCCACAGGACAGCAGAGAAUUUUGAUCUUCUGAGCAGCUUCUCUGUUGGGGAGGGCUGGAGGAGAAGGACAGUCAUCUGUCACUUGGAUAUCAGGUUACCCAGUUCAGAUGGACUGUCCGGCCCCUGCCACCCUCCUGCCUCCCAGCCUAGCAAGUCCCGAGGACCUUGGCCCACCUCAAACCAAGGAGCACCUGCUGGUCCUCGAGCGACACGGGCUGGCCGGUGGCAUCGUGGACGCAAACCAGACCAGGCUUUGUAUGUGCCCCGAGUACGGCGCAGGCAAGAAUGGGCAUCACCCUCUACCCAAGGGCUCCAGGGAGAUGCUCCAGCUGCUGGGCUCCUGGAAGAGCCUGGAUAUGUCGGUGCUGGGGACCUCAGCUCUGAUCAGGACCUCCCUGCAUUGACGACUCAGGCACCUGAGGCCCUAGAGGGCCCAGACCAAUGCUGUGAUGAUGAACAGCUACUGGACCUAGUUGGCAUUGAGUCCCCACAGCCUGAGAGCCACUCCGGGAUGGGAGACGGGUUGGAGAUGGCCACACGGCUUGGGUCCAGUCUGAGGCUGGACUCUGAAGAGGGGAACGGAAGUGAGCCGAAGAGCCCUGCAGAAGAGGAAGAGGAAGAGAUGGAAGAGUUGGGGCCUGGCAGCUGCCCCGAGGAUGAUUACAGUGAGCUGCUGCAGGAGAUAACAGACAACCUGACUGAGAAGGAGAUUCAGGUAGAGAAGAUCCACAUGGACACGUCCUCCUUCAUGGAGGAGCUGCCUGGAGAGAAGGAUUUUGCUCACGUGGUGGAGAUCUACGACUUUGAGCCGACACUCAAGACUGAGGAUCUGCUGGCAGCACUUUCCGAGUUCCAAGAGAAGGGACUCAAGAUUCAGUGGGUCGAUGACACGCACGCGCUUGGUGUCUUUCCCUGCCUGGCCUCAGCCGCUGAAGCCCUGACCAAGGAUUUCUCUGUGCUCAAGAUCCGGCCCCUCACGCAGGGAACCAAGCAGUCAAAGCUGAAAGCCUUGCAGAGGCCAAAGCUCCUGCGUCUGGCAAAGGUGAGACCACAGACAAAUACAGCAGUGGCUAGGAGGCUGGUGGCCCGGGCCCUGGGGCUCCAACACAAGAAGAAAGAGCGGCCUGCGGUCGAGUCUUCUACCUCCCCGAGGCCCUGAGGGGCCCAGCAAGCCUGGAUCGGUGCCCCCAGGACGAAGCUGGUGCCCCAACAGCACAAGCCUUUACGGACACCAGAACAAUGCUGCACUGUUUGUUAGAGUCUCUGUUUGGUGCGGUGGGUUUUCGUUUGGUCUAGUUCCAGAAGCUGAGAAAAAAUAAAAACUUGAAAAUUGUUUCCAAAUGCA